UCUUGGUUACGUCGUUUCGUGCGUGUGCUGUUUCAUUAAACGCAUGGUACAAAGUACAAACGUUUACUCGUAAUAAAAUCAGAAAUCGGAAUCUCUCGUUGGUUAAUAUCCAAAAUUGGAAUUUAAUUUUCUUUUUUUUCCGUGUAGAUCUUUUUACGAUAUAAUUUUGCCAUAAGUUUGUUUGAUACAGAACAAGAUUAGUACAUAGUGGGAUUGGCCCCAGCUUUUACGGAAGUGCGCUUAGUACAGUUCACUCUAACCCUAAGCGCGACAGUGCGAAUGUCCGUCUAGUAGCGCAAUGGCUGCGCGUCUUCCUCGGACUGCUCGGGUAUGCUGUCCCAGUCAUCCAGAUGCUGAUCUCGUGGAAGACUAUAGGGCUGGUGAUUUGGUGUGUCCCGAAUGCGGUCUGGUUGUGGGUGACCGCGUAAUAGACGUUGGAACCGAAUGGCGGACAUUCAGUAACGAAAGUGGUGGAGACGAUCCAUCGCGUGUUGGUGGCCCAGAAAAUCCGCUUCUGGAUGGCGAUCAGCUGACAACCAUAAUUGGUGGUGCCACAGGCUCAGCUGGACUGGAUGCCAAUGGAUUUUCCAAAUACAGGAACAGAAAAACCAUGUCGGCUCAGGAUCGCGCUUUAACAACGGCAUUUAAAGAAAUUUCUACCAUGGCUGAGAGGAUUAACCUGCCUCGCACGAUCGUUGAUCAGGCAAACGUUUUAUUCAAACAGGUUUAUGAAUCGAAAGUUCUUCGCGGGCGAAGCGCGGAUGCUAUAGCGUCUUCCUGUGUGUACAUAGCCUGUCGAAAAGAAGGUGUACCUCGAACCUUUAAAGAAAUCUGUGCGAUAUCCCGUGUAUCAAAGAAGGAAAUUGGCCGUUGUUUCAAAUUAAUUCUCAGCACUGUUGGUGCCAGUGUGGAGUUGGUCACCACAGGAGAUUUGAUGCCGCGGUUCUGCGCUAAUUUGGCUCUUCCUUCGCCCGUGCAACGUGCUGCAACCCAUAUCGCCCGGAAAGCUCGGGAUUUGGACCUUGUACCUGGACGCAGUCCUGUUAGUGUGGCUGCUGCUGCUAUAUUUCUCGCUUGUGCCGCAUCAAAAUCAACCAAGUCUUCCAAGGAAAUUGGUGAAAUAACUGGUGUGGCUGAAAGUACAAUCCGCCAAACGUAUAAGCAUCUCCUGAGUCGCUAA